AUGGUAGACGCAAAGGAUGUCCAGAUGGACAGCAGCAGCAAGACAGCCGACGCCGCAGUCGCCAAGACUGAGCAGAAGCCAACAGCAGCGCCACGAUCGCUUGCUCAAGAGCUCCACCACCAGCUAGCAUCGUUGACGACGGCCGUAGACUCGCUCGAGCCAAGGUAUACUACCCUCGUCUUGCGUUCACUGCCGACAAUACGCAAGCGCACUCAAACGCCAGAAGGGAGCCAUGCACUCAAGCAAGUCAUCGAGGAAGCUUUCCCGUUAGACUCGCCGCAAAGACAGAACUUGCUCUCUGCCUUUGCCGACCUCAACGCGCUGCCCGAACCUGAAGCACCGGCAAGCAUGGACAUCGAUGGCGAGCCUAUCACAGACUCGGCAGAGCCCAAGGAGGCUACAUCCGUGAAGGAGAAGGAGAAGAAGAAGACAGCCAAGCCGCCGCGCUCUGCUGCUUUGCCUGAAGCGGACAUCUAUCUGACUCUACUCACCAUCGUCUGGUUGCUCGACCACAAGGAGCUGAGCAAGGGCGAGCAGCUGGCAUCGCACACGGUCCAAAGACUGCAGGCGCUCAAUCGUCGCACGCUCGAUCAGUUACAAUCGCGCGUCUACUUCUACUUUGCUCGCUUCCACGAGCUUGCAGACGACGAACACAGUCUCGCGUCAAUCAGACCUAUCUUACUUUCUGCACAGCGAACAUCAGCCCUGCGCCGGGACGACGAUUCACAAGCGACGAUACUCAACCUGUUAUUGCGCAACUACUUCCACUAUAAUCUGUUUGAGCAAGCCGAUAAGCUCAUCGCCAAUUCGACCUUUCCCGAAAGUGCAGGCAACGCGCAGCUUGCUCGUUGGUACUUUUAUCUAGGUCGCAUCCGUGCGAUUCAGCUCAGCUAUACCGAAGCGCAUGGCCACCUCGAGUCCGCGAUCAGAAGGGCGCCUGCGCCCGCCAUCGCCCCUGGAUUCCUACAAACGGCCUACAAAUUCUGCAUCAUCGUUGAGCUUCUUAUGGGCGAUAUUCCUGAGCGCUCUAUCUUUCGCCAGCCGGUUCUGCGCGACGCGCUCGUGCCGUAUCUCCAGAUUGCGCAAGCUGUUCGAACAGGCAACAUCGCUCAGUUUGAGGAGACUCUGGCGAAAUACAAAGGCCGCUUCCGUGCAGAGACAACCUAUACGCUUGUGCUCAGAUUACGUCACAAUGUCAUCAAGACAGCUUUGCGUUCCAUCUCGCUCGCUUACUCGCGCAUCCCACUCUCUAGCGUCUGUACGAAGCUCAAGCUCGAUUCGGAAGAAGAAGCAGAAUACAUCGUUGCCAAGGCCAUCAAGGACGGCGUCAUUGAUGCCCAGCUCGAUCACGAACAAGGCGCAAUGAAAAGCAAGGACGUGCUCGAUAUCUACUCCACGAACGAGCCGCAACGAGCCUUUCAUGAACGCAUACAGUUCCUCAUGCAGAUGCACAAUGACUCUGUCAGGGCAAUGCGAUACCGUCCUGGCGCGCACACGAAAGCGCUCGAGUCCGCUGAAGAAGCCCGCGACAGAGAGCGCGAACUGGCAAAGGAGAUCGCAGACGGCGGUCUAGAUUCAGAUGAUGACAUGCCAGAAGGCUUUUGA